UGAGAAGUUGCCUGGCAAAAUCCUUGUCACCGAACCUUAUAAUGUUGCCUUUGCAAAACCAAGGGCCCACCCUGGCCGGUCCUGCAGUUGCAGGCGAUCAACAAGUACAGCCCAAUGUUACCGAUCAGAUAAAAAAGGAAGAACCAGGUCUCCUCAGCAGUAUCACCUCAAACCCAUACUUUUCAGCAGGCUUUGGCUUGAUCGGUGUCGGUGCAGGUUUGACAUUGUUGCGACAGGGUCUCAUGCUUGGUGCAUCGUACGUUCAACGGCGCCUACUUGUUACACUCGAGAUUCCCUCCAAAGACAAGUCAUAUCUAUGGUUUCUGCAGUGGAUGUCGCAUCAAGCACCAAAGCGUCGAAUGCAACAUUUAGCUGUGGAGACUUCAUAUAAGCAGCACGACAAUGGCAGUGUAUCGACGACCUUUGGCCUGGUGCCUGGCCCUGGUAUUCACUUUUUCCGCUGGCACGGCGUGUGGAUGAAGGUGCAGCGCCAACGGGAUGGAAAAAUGAUGGAUCUGACUACCGGAAGUCCAUGGGAGACAAUCACAGUAACGACUCUUUCGCGGGAUCGACAUGUAUUUACUGACUUGUUGUCCGAAGCACAAGAGAUGGCGCUUAAAAAGCAAGAAGGGAAGACGGUUAUUUACACAUCGUAUGGACCCGAGUGGCGUCCUUUUGGAAUGCCUCGUCGUCGACGAUUGCUGGAUUCUGUAAUUUUAGAUGGGGGCAUUAAACAACGUAUCGUGGACGACGUUCGAUCAUUUAUUGGCAGCGGCAAAUGGUACAAUGAACGAGGCAUUCCUUACAGAAGAGGCUAUCUACUUUAUGGUCCACCUGGUUCAGGAAAAAGUAGUUUCAUCCAAGCUCUUGCGGGAGAAUUGGAAUACAAUAUCUGUAUCCUAAAUCUAUCGGAACGUGGCUUGACGGACGAUCGACUAAACCAUUUGCUAAGCAAUGUACCUGAGCGAAGCAUUAUGUUACUGGAAGACAUUGAUGCAGCUUUCACAAAGAGAUCACAAUCUGAUAGUCAAGGAUACCAAUCAAUGAUCACUUUCAGUGGCCUCCUCAACGCGCUGGAUGGCGUUGCUUCAGCUGAAGAGCGCAUUAUCUUUCUGACAACAAACCACGUAGAAAAUCUCGACCCAGCAUUGAUUCGACCUGGCAGAGUGGAUUUGAAGGAAUACCUCGGCAAUGCUACAGAAUCUCAAAUACGGGGCAUGUUCUCGCGAUUCUAUGGCAAUGACAUGAAACACUUGGAAGAUGCGUUCUUUGAGCGGGUCAAAGAUAGACAACUUAGCACUGCUGGCCUUCAGGGUCACUUUGUUUAUUUCAAGGACAGGCCUGAACAAGCGGUUGAACAGGCAGAACUUCUUUGGACACAACUGUAAAUAAUCGCUACCAUAAUAAAAAAAAGUAAUUAAUAGACCUGUAUGUAGACUCAACAAGAUUUGGAUCCGUUCAACCACUGAAGUGCAGUAAAAGCUCAGGAAAGCGGCAGCAAUUACUACAUGC